AUGAGCCUAACUCCAGCAAAAGUACCAACUGUCAACGCAUGGUCAAACCGACUAGUUCUUCCUAAAGGAACAGAAACUAAAUGUAAAAAAGAGUAUAUCAUCUUACCCGGUGUGUCGAACGAAGAGCGUACUUCAGGAUCGUGUGAAAGCAGAGAUCUGUCUCAAAGAUCCUCUGAGUUUCCAAAAAAUGGGCAGAAGAAGAUGAGAUUCGAAACAAUGUCGCCUAUAUACCUCUCGUAUGCUUCGCCAAGAUACUGUUCUUCGCUGAGUCCGUCCCUAAAUUCUACCUCUGAAGAGGAAAUAUUGCAUCCGACACCUGUUUGUGUGCCCCAGUUUUUAGUUGAUCCAAUACGCUUUGCCCAAACAGAGUGGACACAAGCAAAAGAGAAUGGGCUCGUCCUUGAACAACUCGCAUACUACUUUAGCCCUGCCAAUUUAUCGAGAGAUACCCACCUCUGUUCAUUGUUUGAUGACGACGGAUAUGUGAUGCUCCGUGAUCUCCUCAAACUCAAACGUCUAGCAAACUUGCUCGGCCGGGAUUUGGAUCGCCUAUUCCGCAUAGUGCAUUACUGUCCUUUCUUGGAACUAACACCCGGCGACAAUGCUAACAAAGCGGGAGUUAGGGUCCAUGAUUGGCACAAAUGGGUUCCUAGUUAG